CCGGGUAACCCGCUUAUUCCACCAGCCUCCACAUUCCUCACUUAAAUCUCCAAAUCCAUAUCGCUGCUUUUAUUAUGGACGGAGGUUUGCGGAGGACACUUCUUUCUCAGCGGACCUUUGAGGACAGCAGGAAGUUAGUUUACCCAAAGAUGGACUUCCUGUCAGGCCGAGCCCGGACGCGCUCGGACAGCGCGGCGAGCGGCGCGUCCACGUCGUCGUCGUCCUCCUCCAGAAUGCUUCUUCGCCAGAAGCUGGCUCAGCUCCUGAGCCGCAUCGACGACAUGAGCUCGGAGGACGAGGCCAGCGAGGAGAUGUCGCGCACGUUGGACGACGCUUUCCAGCUAUGCUCGUGCUUUGCACCGCCCACCCACGCCUUCAGGCUGCACAUGGUGACAUGGAACGUGGCCACGGCGGAGCCGCCUGAUGAUGUCACCUCACUGUUGCAGCUCGACGUCCAACCGCCCACCGAUCUCUACGUCGUUGGGCUACAGGAAGUGUGCGCCACGCCGGUCCGAUUCAUCUCGGACUUGAUCGUCGAGGACUCGUGGAGUCACGUCUUCAUGGACGCACUGGCGCCGCGAGGCUUUAUCAAGGUGGCGGCAGUGAGGAUGCAAGGUUUGCUGCUGUUGAUGUUCGCCAAACAGUCACACCUGCCUUACAUCCGAGAUAUCCACAGCACAUACACUCGCACCGGCAUCUUUGGAUACUGGGGAAACAAAGGGGCGGUGUCGGUGCGCUUUUCUUUCUACGGCCACAAGGUGUGUUUCCUCAACUGCCACCUGGCGGCGCACAUGAGCCAUGCCCUGCAGCGUGUCGAUGAGUUUGAGCACAUCCUGGAGACGCAAGAGUUCGACACGGAUGAUGCACGGCGGGUUCUGGACCACAAGCUUGUGUUCUGGUUUGGAGAUUUGAACUUCCGCAUUGCUGACCAUGGCCUGCACUUCCUGCGCUCGUCCAUCAAUGGUGGACGUCUCAACCUGCUGUGGAGCAAGGACCAGCUACUCACCAUGAAGAAAAAAGAGACCUUCCUGCAGGAGUUUGAGGAGGGACCCCUGAAUUUCAAACCAACCUACAAGUUCAGUCGGAACUCCGACGCCUACGACCUUGGCGGCAAGAAGCGAAAGCCUGCAUGGACCGACCGCAUCCUAUGGCGGGUCAAACCCAAAAACGUACCAUCGGAAGAUGACGACGACAAGUUGUCGACCGCUACGGACGACAGCCUGGACGAGUACCCUCUGGUGGUCAACCAAGAUAAAUACACCAGUGAUAUGAGCUAUGGCAUUAGCGACCAUAAGCCUGUCAUGGCUAGCUUCAGUCUGGAGCUAAGGAAACACUUUGAUACUCCGCUGGUUCAUGUGUCACCUGAAGGCGUCUGGAGUGCCGACCAGGACGCUCUCCUCAACUACACGGUCCAGGAAGACUUCCUCUCCUCAACGUGGGACUGGAUCGGCCUCUAUAAGGUCGGCUUCAAGAGUUCAAGCGACUAUGAGACUUUUGUGUGGGUUCGAGAGGACGAGUUGCCUGAGAUUGAUGAAGUCAUACAGAUCUCAGUGGAUAAGGACGAUAUCCCUCUGCUGGGUGGGCAGUAUGUACUGGGCUAUUACAGCACUAACAUGCAGAGCAUCAUUGGCCUCAGUGCUAACUUCCAGAUCUUAGAGUCAAAACGUGCCGUCAUGGAGGGUCUCGUGCCAGAGAACAUCAAUGGGCUCCGCAAAUAGAAGAAGAAACUUUUGUGUCCUAUUAGCUUCAAGCUUGAUCAAAGAUGAUGACUGGAAAAGACAAUACAUUUAAAAGACACAUUUGCAUCACAAAUGUUCAAAAUCAUACUGAAAAUGUUAUUUGUUAGCAUUACGUAUGAAUAAACUAUUGUUAAAAUGUA